AUGAAACCCAAUUCGAAGGUAGACCACGAAUCAGCGAUCAACAUACCGCACUUAUACGUUCAAGCAGUAUAAGCAAAGCAAAUCAUGCCGGUGUUUACGUGACGGUAGUAAAUGUUUGACCGGCGUUCUGAGAGCAGUGUUUUUACGACUCUUGUGAAGUCGAUGUUUUUUGCGUGAAUUUCACAUUUCGAUAAUCUCCAUGGAUAGAGCCCUUCGCGUUCGAAUCGAAAAAGCUCCCCAUCGGCUGGAGGCAGCGCACGCGGAAAUUUUUACCGCUGGUGCUUGUGAAUUCCUGCAUGACCUUAUCGUAGAGUUUGAUGGCGAAGUUGAAAAGCUUCACAGGCGACGAUUGGAGCGUAGAUUGUACAUCAAACAAGGCAAAUGGAAACCAGAGUUUAAAAACCGCAGCGAGGAUUUAGAGUGGAAAAUUGACCAUUUACCAGCCAGAUUGCAAAAUCGAAAACUAGACCUAGGAGAUGUCAGUCCGGCGAAUACGACCAACUUUGUGGACAGUUUGUAUGCCAAUGUGCAAGGAAUACAAGUCGAUUUUGAUGAUGGCCAUUGUCCGACGUGGAGGAAUACUGUACAGGGUUUGUACAAUGUGCACCGGUUUGUUCGAGGUACCCUACCAGGAGGGCCUGCCGACAUUCGGCAAUGCCCAGUUCUCAUGCUUAGACCGCGGGCCUUCAACAUGACCGAACAUCACUGCAUGGUCGAAGGAAAAGAGGUCAUUGGACCGCUGUUUGAUUACGCAAUACUAAUGUACCAUAAUGCGAAACGGAUGGCCGAUUGUGAAAUAGGCCCAUAUUUCUACCUAUCGAAGAUUGAAGGACCUAGUGAAACACAAGUGUGGAACAAAAUCUUUACCUGGACUGAGCACCGUCUGCAGCUGCCAAAGAGCACCAUCAAGGCAUGUGUUCUGAUAGAGAACAUACUGGCCGCUUACCGAAUGGAGGAUAUACUAUAUUCGAUCAAGGAGCAUGCCAUUGGCUUGAACUGUGGCAUUUGGGACUAUUGUGCCAGUAUUAUCGCCAAGUUUGGUGAUAGUGCAGAUUUUUUGAUUCCUGACCGUAACAAGUACGUCAAUAUGGGUCAACCGUUCCUAAGAAACUACAUGAAAUUACUGAUACAUAUUUGCCAUAAACGUGGGGCUCUAGCCACUGGAGGUAUGGCAGCUAAAAUAUUACCUACUGGCAAGGGGGCUGGAAGCAUGGUUGAUGAUAUUAUCGAAAGCGUUAAGUUGGCCAAAUCAGUCGAAAUUACUGCUGGAGUAGAUGGUUUCAUGAUCUACGAUCAACGGAUGAUCGAUGCCAUCAACGAGUUAUGGCAGCAGCGAUGUUCUACAGAUAAUCAACUGAAGAUUUUCCCCGAUAUUGAAUAUAUAACUCCGGAAAGCCUAACUAAAAUCCCCGAAGGUGGUGUCACUAUUGACGGUUUAGAAAACAACAUAACGGUAGCGCUACUGUUCAUCUACCACUGGUUUACCGGAAGUGGAGUGUUCUAUUUGAAUGGGGCGGUAGAGGAUUCCGCAACGGCUGAGAUAUCCCGCUCGCAAAUUUGGCAAUGGAUACGUCAUCGUGCCAUCAUCGAGGAUGGAAAGUCGGACACGACGGUCGUUACUCGGGCUUUGGUUUACGCGGUGCUGGAAAGUGUUAUCUCCAAGGCGUAUAAAUCCUGGUGUACUUCAACCCCGGACCGAAAACGACUGCUCUCCUCCAAGUUCGUCUUGUUGGAAGUUAUUUCGGCCAGAGAAUACAUUGAGUAUAUAACGACUUAUCUGAAUGAUAACCACAAGUUUAGGACAUUGCACAACAAGAACGAUAAGUUGGAGGCGAAGUUGUAGAGUUUUUUGUGCAAUACAUCACGGUAAUUUGUUGGACUUUUUAGGUUUGUUUUAAUAUUUAUAAGAAGUGGAAAAUGUUAUGUUAUACAAAUGAAAAUUCUAUUCAU